AUGAGAUCAAAGAGAAGGAAAGUCUGCAUUCAUGGGAGUGCGCCAUCGAGAUGUCAAACGAAGGGAUGCUACAGGGCGAGCAGGUGUGAGCACGGGAGGCAGCGAUCGCAGUGCAAGGACUGCGGGGGCGGCAGCGUAUGCGAGCACUGGAGGCAGCGCUCGAGGUGCAGGGACUGCGGGGGAGGUAGCAUAUGCGUCCACGGGAGGCUGCGCUCAGGCUGCAGGGACUGCGGGGGAGGCGGCUUAUGUCAGCACGGGAGGCAGCGAUCGCAGUGCAAGGACUGCGGGGGAGGCGGCGUAUGCGAGCACGGGAGGCAGCGAUCGAGGUGCAGGGACUGCGGGGGAGGUAGCAUAUGCGUCCACGGGAAGCUGCGCUCAGGCUGCAGGGACUGCGGGGGAGGCGGCAUAUGUCAGCACGGGAGGCAGCGAUCGCAGUGCAGGGACUGCGGGGGAGGCGGCGUAUGCGAGCACGGGAGGCAGCGCUCGAGGUGCAGGGACUGCGGGGGAGGUAGCAUCUGCGUCCACGGGAGGCUGCGCUCAGGAUGCAGGGACUGCGGGGGAGGCGGCAUAUGUCAGCACGGGAGGCUCCGCUCGAGGUGCAAGGAAUGCGGGGGAGGCGGCAUAUGCGACCACGGGAGGCAGCGGUCGAAGUGCAGGGGAUGCGCCGGCGUCGGCAUAUGCGACCACGGGAGGCGCCGAUACCAGUGCAAGGAAUGCGGGGGCAGCAGCAUCUGCGAGCACGGGAGGCGACGGUCAGGAUGCAGGGACUGCGGGGGCGGUGGCAUAUGCGACCACGGGAGGCAGUGGUCCCGAUGCAGGGACUGCGGGGGCAGCGGCAUCUGCGGGCACGGGAGGCGGCAGACGCAGUGCAAGGAAUGCGGGGGCAGCAGCAUCUGCGAGCACGGGAGGCGCCGGUCAGGAUGCAGGGACUGCGGGGGCGGUAGCAUAUGCGACCACGGGAGGCUGCGCUCGAGGUGCAGGGACUGCGGGGGCGGUAGCAUAUGCCAGCACGGGCGGCAGCGAUCGCAAUGCAAGGAGUGCAGGCGCGGUCGAAGCUCACCACCCCAGUAG